CCCUGCCCGCCCCGCCCCGCGCUCCCAUAGCUACCGCGGGCGGCGGCGGCCAUCUUGGCGGCGGCGGGGCCAUGAGCGGCUCGAAGGCGAGGCCGGCGGCGGGGCCGGAGAAGAAGCCGCCGCCAGUGGCUGGGGGCCCCCUCAGCCGCCUGCGGGGGCGGCGCGGCUCUGCCGACGCCGCGCUGCGGCCGCCCUGGACCGAGUCCGAAUUGCUGGCCCUGGACACGGUCCGGCCCGAGCACGUCUUGGGGCUGUGCCGGGUGACGGAGAAUUACUUAUGCAAACCCGAGGACAACGUUUACAACAUCGACUUCACCAGGUUUAAGAUUCGGGACCUUGAAACUGGCACUGUGCUGUUUGAAAUUGCAAAGCCUUCUGCCCCGGAGCAAGAUGCCGAGGGUGAGGAUGACAGCAGUGAGCCGGACGCUAGUGCAGGCCGCUUUGUUCGGUACCAGUUCACCCCAGCGUUCCUCCGCCUGCGGACUGUUGGUGCAACAGUGGAGUUCACAGUGGGAGAAAAGCCAGUGUCAAACUUUCGGAUGAUUGAGAGGCAUUACUUCCGAGAUCGCCUCCUGAAGAACUUUGACUUUGAUUUUGGCUUCUGCAUCCCCAGCAGCAGGAACACGUGUGAACACAUUUAUGAAUUCCCUCAGCUCUCAGAAGACCUCAUCCGUCUGAUGGUUGACAAUCCCUACGAGACCCGCUCGGACAGCUUUUACUUUGUGGACAACAAGCUGAUCAUGCACAACAAGGCCGACUAUGCUUACAACGGAGGACAGUAAUCGCUCCACAGCCGCGGGAUGCUGCGAUGCCCUUAGCUGUUCUGGAUGUCAGGAGUGGACUGGAGAUGCUGUCUCGUGGAACAAGGCUGCUUCACCAUAAGGGUGGUGAGACACUGGAACAGGUUGCCCAAAGAGGUGGUGGAAGCCCCAUCCUUGGAAGUUUUUAAGGCCAGGCAGGAUGUGGCUCUGGGCAACCUGAUCUAGCGGAAAGUGCCCUUGCCCCUGGCAGGGGGUUUAGAACUAGAUGAUUCUUGAGGUCCUUUCCAACUCUGAUAGGUCUGUGAUUCUUGUCCAAACCUUUUCUCCUUGCGUGAGGCUGAAAACAUGAAGCAAAGAACAGCUCGUGAAAGUAAAGGGAACCUCCCUACAACACUUCUCUGUCCUGCACGCAACAUAUUUUGCCUCUCAUUCUCUACUUCUGGUCACUUUCUGAUACCUUAAUUUGGUUGUGGAUAAAGAGGCAUUGUUUAGAAAAUUCUUGCUGUUACAAUCUUUUUAGUUAGGUUGCACCUUUAGUUGCUUCUGGUGUUCCACCUCCUGGGUGCCUGCUCCUUUACAAGAGGUCAGAUUGUCUGAGUAAGCUUUCUUGGCAGGAAAAUGUUAUCCCUUCAAGUAGCCAGUGAUGCCUGAAGAGCAAAUCUCUUCAAUUGGGUAACUCAUCUCUUCAGUGCACAGUGGCUUAAUUUGUAGCAUGGCUGACAUUACUUUCUUAGAGUGCACCCCAGUAUUCUCCAGUGAGAAAGAUAAGAGGCAUAAUUCAGCUUCUAAGCAGGACAGAUAUCUUCCUUCUGCUCAGGGGACUUCUGCUGCCCCUGAGAACAGUUUAAUGUCUUAGCAGAGAUAAAGGAUUGGGGAAAAAAGGGUUUUAUCCAGGUUGGUAAUCCAGUCGGUCUGAUGGCAGUUUUGCCAUCUUGUGAGCAAAUUGUUGCAUUUUGGAGUUCAGGGGUUGACCUCAGAGAUGGAGUUAAUCUUACUAUGUUUACUGUUUCUCCUGCUUCUCUUCGUAUCGGACUUGUGGCCCUUGCUACAGAAUGUAUUGCUUUUUAGAUGGACAAUACAUUGUCAGUCUAGCUUGGAUGGAGGGUAGGUGUCAAUCUAGUGGGGCUAGAAAAAGGGAGAAUGUGGAAAAUCACUUGAAAAAAUUGUGUAGGAAGCAGAGCUUCCUAGGCUUCAGUCUUUCUUUACUUGUAAACUUGAAUGAUCUGUCAAAGGCUCCUGAAGGAGAGAGAUGGUGCUGGGACCUGCUCACUGGCUGUACUUCAGCUAGAGUGUUAGUAGCUGAAAGCAUCCUGGAUCAGAUCAGUGUUAGGGAAUGGGAUCCUUCCUAAGAAUUUACGGGACUUUCUUUUUAUUUCAGCUCCCAUCGCUCCUGUGCCUACUUAGAUGCUUGUUUAUGGUCUAGGAAGUUCUCUUGCCAAGGUUUUCACCACCAGACUGAAGGGUGCAUUUCAGAGCUGCUGUUAGGAUCUGGCAGUUAAAAUAGCAUUGGCAGUGGCAGGAGGAGACCUGUGCCUUCCCAGCAGCCAUACUAGGGCCCAGCUCCUGGCCAUGAAAAAUCUUAGCAGACAGACCCCUUUUCUGCCUAUUUUGCUGGCUCACAUUUUUGCUGUCAGUUGUAUUUCUUGUACAUGGGAGUUAGGUUUUGUCUAGUCUAGAGGCAUUUGCUACUAUUAAUUCCACUUGUUCCUUGAGACAGUUGAAACCUAACUCCUUGUGGAUGCAGCUGGUUACUUGUUUUCCUAAGUAAGAUUCUGUGUAGUUCAUAUUUUAGCAGGAUUGAGUGAGGUGGGUCCCACAGCCUGAGCCUGGAAAUGCAUGAACAGCAGUAGGAAACCACUGCCUUUACCUUGCAGAUUAAUGGUAUUAACUUUGGUGUGGAAGACCAACUGGCACCAAAGUAAGCAGUGAGAGUAUGUGGGGUGGCAAGCUAUGGAAGAAUCUCCAGCUCUUGGGAAUAUACUUAAUUAUGAUUAGCCACAUCAAAUGACCUAGUAUGGGUGGAGCAUUAGUCAAAAGCAACCACAACAAAUGUUUUGGGAAUGUGGAGGGGCAAGGUCUGCUUGGUUGAAAGAUGAAGAACAAUUCUGCCAGCAUCAAUCCCCUCCAUCCAUUCCAAAGGCACUUGGGCAAUCUCAUUUAGUUAUUUCAUAAUUAGUUAAAGCUCCUUAUGAGGUGGAGCUUGGGAUGUCUCCUGCAGUGAUUGUCUUUAGAAGGUCUCCUGUCGAGCCGGUGAGGUGGGAAACACUUGUUUUGCUGGAAGGUACUUGUGACAAAGCAGAACUGCCUGGAAGUGUGUUUUUAAACCUGGAAUGUUUGGAGAUGCUCAGGAUCGUGUCUGGAGAGCCUCCUAGUGGUCCCCUGGGAAACUUUAGUAUCUUGAGCUGAAUUUGUGUAAUGUAAAUCCAAGUGCCUUUAAAUGUUGCUUUUAUCACAGCUUCUCUACGAAGCAACCUUCUGCUUUUCUUAGGAGCGUGAAGGAAGCUGAAGGGCUGCCAGAGCGAGCAGUAGGAGUCGCUGCACCGUGUGGUGCCAGCCCGUGCCAGCUGUUCCAGGGGCAGGCGGUGCGCGGCUGCCACCUAGCGGCUGCUUGGCAGGCAGCGGGGCAGAGUGGGUUCCUGCCUGUCGGCACUGCCUCUGCCUGUAGCCAUGAGGAAAAGGCAUGGAAGCAGUUCUCUGCCAUGGGUGAACGUGUCAGCUAGUCAGCAAUGAGGGGAACUGGAAGAGAGUCAGAAUGCUUGCAGGCAGCAGUAGUACCCCUCGACUUGUAGCUGAAUUGUUUGCUUUGACAAAUUAGAAGUCCUUUUCCCAAAAAGCAUGCUGCAGAAAAAAGGCUUUACAAGAGGGCAGCCCAGCAUGGAGAAAGUUGAUUGGAAUCCAAGAAGUGACAGAUUUCCAAGCUCCUGUCUCCACUUCAAAUGCUUCUUGAAGGUCCCUUCUCUUAGAUGCUUCCUAUGAAGUCUUGUGGCAGGGAUGAUGGUAAACAAGAUUUAUCAGAGCAUCUUCCUUCAGGGUUGUCUGCUCUGGUGCUUCGAUGAUGGCUCAAAGCUACUCAUUCCAGUGAGAUAGGAAGAAAUCCCAGUUGUAUCUCAUCCUUGUUGGGUGGUUGCAUUGUGUUAGCUAUCAGUUGAUGUCAUGGGAGAUGCUUCAGUGUUGGCUGAAGUUUGAGCAAGAGAAAAGGUAUCUGUGCAUACAGCUUGUUUCAGGACGUGUGCUGAGCUGGAAGAAGAGUUGGGAUCAUGCUGUGUUCUGCUCUAAUGGAAAAAGGGACCAAACCCACAAACCCAGUAUUUGUCUUUUUAGCACCAGGACCAACUUUUCAUAUUUUUGAGGCAAGUGCUUUGGAUCCAUGCAAAUGAGCUUCCUGGGCAGCUAUUUUCAUUGACUGAAGAAUACAUAUUGCACCUUGUGAAGGAAGGUCGUGUCUUGUUGUGUGGUCUGGGAAGUGCUACCUGUCUUCUGUUUUUAAUGGAAGUGUCUUCCUGUGUGUGUUCUUAGGAUUUUCAGUGUCUUUUGCUGCAGGGAAACAGCAGCCUCCUUUCUGGUGCUUGAGGAUAUUUAUUCCACUAGUCCAAAGUUCAGGAAGAAUAAAACAAGUGUUAGAAGUCAGAAAUUAAUGAGGAAGGUGGUGGUGAAGUAGCAAGGUCCAAGCACAGUAGCUACUCCUCAAGCUCUGUUUCAUUGCAUCCUCUUCAGCCGUUUCCCAGUGUUUGUCUCGUACCCUGCUGUCCUGUCACAUGGAGCUGCCAGUAACUGGUGCGACCCUCGGGCACUGCCGACUCUGCAGCUUCACGAUGAGGACUCUGGUGGAGUUGUCACCUCUUCCUCUGCAGCAGAGGACAAAACAGACACCAGCAAAUGCCGUCUCUGUCUGCCUGAUCUCAGUGCUGCUACAGGACACCUAUUUGUAUCUCUCACAGCGUGGCCUUUGGGCACGUCGACCUCCUGCUGUCCCUUUCGGGCACUGCUUCCGUGGCCCUGCCUGUAGUCAGGGCUCGGUAGCGUGCUGGCAGUGCCCAUUCGGUGCCGGCGUGCCCAGCUCCCUCUCUGUCUCCCUGCAGGGUGCCGGCGGCCCCUGCACCUUCGGCGCGGUCGCGGGUGCCGAUGUCUUUGUGUGACCGUGCUUUGUCACCAGCAGUAGUAAUAAAACCGCUCCCGAUUCCGCA